AUGGCCCUCGCCCGGCCACUGCCCCCGCUGUGGCAGACGCUCUUCCCAGCCCUCAAUGCGCCCGUUCGACCCGCUCUACAACUGCAAUUGCCCUUCCUGCAGCGCCUUACACAGCCCCUUGGCGCCCUAUCCACACCAUUCGGCGCCCUUGCGAUGCCCUCCCUCUCGCUGCCCGCAAUACCGUCCCUCGCCGAUGUAUGGGAUGGCAUCCUAAACGCAGUACCAAAAAAGAAGACGUCAUACCGCAAGAAGCGCCAACGGUUUCUGGCUGGCAAGGGCCUCAAGGAUGUCACAGCACUGAACAGGUGUUCAGGAUGCGGGCGAGUCAAGCGAAUGCACAUUCUGUGCCCGUACUGUGUAGAUGCAAUCAAGACCAGCAUAUUCGGCCAGCUCCAAUGGUCUUUCCGCCGACCCACCGAAAAGCAGGCUAAGCAGAUGAGGCGCGAGAAGCUGAUAGAGAAACGAAGGUACCGCGGCCUGGACCCCGAUCCACGCAAGGAGAAGGAGGAGCAGAUUGUAAAGCACACCGGAUGGAAGAGAUGA